AUGGCGCUCACCAGCUGGAAAGCCUUCCCUUUCUUCAGUGUCUCUCAGGUUCCAGUGCCCGCAGACGAAGACGGCUCAUAUUUAUUCGACGACGUGGUGUCUCUCACUACAGGGGCCGACUCUCUCUUUCUUGGAUCCUCCGAUGGAUCAGUGCGCGUUCUCUCGCGUGGCUUGAAGGUGAUCCGCACCUUUCAAGCUUCUGACGCCGCAGACGCUUCGGUCACCCACCUGAGACAGAUUCCUGAUACGUCCUUCCUCGUCACCAUUUCGGAGAACCUCUCAUCGGACCCGUCGCUCAAAGUUUGGGCAUUGGACAAGCAGGAAAAGAAGACGGGCGCACCGCGUUGUUUGUGUACGAUCGCUGUGCAGAAUGGCAGAAGGCAAUUUCCCGUCUCGGCUCUCGUCGUCCUGGAUGACUUGACGCAGGUGGCCGUUGGCUUUGCUAAUGGCUCUGUCACGGUCAUUCGAGGCGACUUCGUCCAUGAUCGCGGAACAAAGCAGCGGACAGUGUUCGAGUCGGAAGAUCCGGUCACGGGAUUGGAGGUACGCCAAAGCACGACCAAGGUGCUGUAUAUCGCGAACACAUCGAAGAUCUGCAGUCUCAUAAUAUCUGGAAAGGGCCAGGGCCAGCCGGUCAGGACGGUAGAUAACCGAGGGUGCAAUGUUGGCUGUAUGACCUACGACCGUGAGACCGGAGAUGUCGUGAUUGCUCGCGAGGAUGCGAUCUAUUACUAUGGCGCAAACGGACGCGGUCCGAGCUACGCGUUCGACGGUCCAAAGAAAUGUGUCAAGAUCUACAAGGAGUAUGUCGGCGUUGUCUGUCCACCGCGAGUCGCGCAGGUCUCCAAAUCCAAAACGUUCAGAAGGUUGGGUGGCGAAGAAAUUGAUGAGAUGUUCAGCAGCUCAUCAUUCACGCUUCUCGAUACCGACCUCAAAUACGUUGCUCACACGGAAUCACUGCCCUCUCAGGUCAAGGAGGUCUUCGCGCAAUGGAACGAGCUCUUCUUGUUGAGUGUGGAGGGUAAGCUCUACAAAUACCAGGAGAAGACACUCCAACAGAAACUGGAGAUCCUGUAUCAGCGUAACCUGUACAUUUACGCCAUCAACCUGGCACAAAAGUCUGGUGCGGACAAAAUGCAGCAGAAUAUCAUCUUCAGGAAAUACGGCGACUACCUAUACCAAAAGGGUGACUAUGACACGGCCAUGCAGCAGUACUUGCGGGCCAUCGACAACACCGAGCCCUCGCAAGUGAUAAGACGGGUUCUGGACACGCAAAGAAUUCACAACCUGAUCGACUAUCUGGAAGAAUUGCACGACCACGAUCGAGCCACCGCAGACCACACGACUCUGUUGUUGAAUUGUUAUGCGAAACUCAAGGACACGGAGAAGCUAGACGCCUUCAUUCGGACGCCAGGAACCGCGAAAUUCGACGUGGAUACAGCCAUAGCAAUGUGUCGCCAGGGCGGCUAUUUCGACCAGGCUGCUUAUCUGGCGACCAAGCAUGGCGAGAACGAGUUGGUUAUUGAUAUAUUGGUGGAAGACUCAAAGAAAUACGCCGAAGCCCUACAGUACAUUUGGCGAUUGGAGCCCGCCGCAGCAUACCCAGUGCUGAUGAAGUAUUCCCGCAGCCUUCUCGAACAUUGCCCAGAGGAGACUACAAAGCUCUUCAUCGAAUACUACACCGGUAAAUAUGCCCCCAGGAAAGAUGUUCCGGCUGUAUCGGACGUGCAGGCACAGACAGGUGGAGGAGCAUUCCAGAGCCUCUCUGCACUCUGGACGUUACCUUUCAUGAAUAGAUCUGCUACGGCCGACGCGCCGGAAGCUUCCGAACAAGACAAUGCGUCUGCUGCCGACGAAGAUCAGACGCCAAAGUACACUAAACCGCGACCGAGGAGCGCGUUCUCUUCCUUUCUUGCGCACCCGUCCGAGUUCAUUACGUUUCUCGAGGCUUUGAUCCUCCAGAAGAACCUUCCGAAGGAGGAUCAAACAGACCUGUCCACGACAUUGUUCGAGAUGUACCUUGAGGCGGCGAACAAUGCCACAGGCGCUGCGGAGAAGGAGAAAUGGCAGCUCAAAGCGACCAGCUUGAUUGCUGACAACACGACUGCAUCUCUGGAUUCCACUUCGAUCGACACCUCAAACGUCUUGCUUCUGUCGUCGCUCUCCAAGUUUCCAGCUGGAACGACUUUGGUUCGAGAACGCGAAAAUCUCUACGCCGACAUCUUUCGUUCUUUCACUUCUGCAAAGGACACGUCAGGCGCAAUUUCGGCACUGAGAAAGUAUGGAUCAAAGGAUCCGUCUUUGUACCCUCUUGCGCUCGGCUAUUUCUCGUCUUCGGAAGAGGUACUAAAAGCGCCCGGGGUCAAGGAGGAACUGCAGACCGUCCUGCGAAGGAUCGAUCAGGAGAAUCUCAUGGCACCUCUCCAGGUCGUCAAGGUGCUGUCGCAAGGAGGCGCAGUCACAAUGGGUCUGGUCAAGGGGUAUCUCUCCGACAAUAUCUCUCGAGAACGGAAAGAAAUCCAGGCAAACCGGCGAUUGAUUGACUCAUACCGUACUGAGACUGCUUCGAAGAAAGCCGAGCUGGCAGACCUUGGCACAAAGCCUGUCGUGUUUCAAGCCCGGCGGUGUUCGUCAUGCAACCGUAACCUCACCCUGCCUAUGGUUCACUUCAUGUGCAAACACUCGUUUCAUCAGGAGUGCUUGAACAAACCGGGAAUCGGCAUGGAUGAGAAUGACGCCAAGGUCGAAUGCCCACUCUGCAAACCCGGGAAUGACACGAUUCGCGCAAUUCGGCGGCAGCAGGUUGAAAGCACUGAACAGCACGAGUUGUUCAAGGCUGCGUUGUCUCGAAGCAAUAAUCGCUUUGGAACCGUGAGCGAGUUCUUCGGUAGGGGGGUUAUGGCAACAGCUCCUGCCACGGAUUGA